UUAGACAUAUGUGUGCCCUGCACAUAGUUAUAGCCGAGAGUCCUCAAGAAGAAUAAUGAGAGGUCAGUCAGGGGCGGACUGACAACUCAUGGGGUCCCCCCGGGCAAUAGAGGAUCAUGGGGCCCCUGUGUCCUUGCCCAAACUCAAAAAAGCCUAUGAAAAAGGUACCAGGGGCAUCUCAUGGGGCCCCAUACUGACCCCGUGCCCUCUGGCAGUGCCCGAGUUUCCAAAUGGCCAGUCCGCCCCU